AUGGAUACUUCUAUUAAAAAUGCAUCAAUAUUACAAUUUUUAAAAAGAAAAAUUUCAAAUUCACCACCACGGGCAGAUAAUUCACUAGGUUCUGAUGUGACUAAAUCAGGUAAUCCUAAACCCAUGAAAAUUCAUGUUACUGAACAGCAACAGCCUAAUGAAGAAAAAAUAAGCAAUGGAGAUACAAAUGUGUUUCAAGAUCAUAGUAAAUUAACUUAUCAUAUAAAUUCUACAUUAGAUGCAGAACAUUUUCUAAACAUAUUAGAGAAAAGAGAGAAAAGCAUAAUUGAACGAAUAGACAAUGAUAGGAGACUUCAAAUAAAAGAAAACAGAAAACAUUUAAUUCCUAUAGUUGAAUGUAUCAUAAUGUGUGGUAGACAAGAAUUAGCAUUACGUGGUCACAGGGGAGAAACAAAUAAAACAUUGAGUGUGAAUGUAAAUGACAGCAAUAAUAUUGGGAAUUUCCUUUCUAUUUUGAAGAAUAGAGCUAAAGGAGAUAAAUUUUUAAGAACCGACGAGACUACAGAUAUUUCUACAUCAGAACAGUUGACCUUAUGUGUGCGAUAUAUUGAUGAAGAUGGUAAUUUAAAUGAAGAUUUUCUUAAGUUUAUUGAAGUAGAAAACUUAACUGGUAGUCAUUUAUCUUCUGCAAUACUAAAUGGUUUAAUUGAGUGUGGCUUGGAUUGUCAGUACUUAAUAGGACAGGGUUAUGAUGGAGCCAGUAAUAUGAGUGGAAAAUGUCGAGGCGUACAAUCAUAUGUUCAAACUCAAUAUCCUAAAGCUGUAUAUGUACAUUGUGCUGCUCAUUCACUAAAUCUCGCAGUUUCAACAGCCAGUGAUAUACAACAAAUAAGAAAUUGUUUAGGAGUUAUUGAAAAAAUGUGGAUUCAAAGAUAUGAUUCAGUGAAUGAUUUCUCUGAAUUACUACCAUAUGUUAUGCUUUCUUUGGACGAAAUAUCGGAAUGGAAAGAUUCGUCUGAUGCGUCCAUGUUAAGACAUGCAAUUGAUACUGAAUUUUGA